AAUGCGAAGGCAUUCUUCGCAUAGUGGAUGCACUUGGAAAUCAUUCUCCAUAUUUCCAGAUGAGGGUUGAUAUACGUAAUAGAAAUGGGCCAUCCCCGCUGCAAAAAUGCACUGCAGCCACCGGGUGUUGGCUUAUGGAGUGGGUGCUGAUGCUGUGGAUGAUUAUGUGCCAAGUGGGGAAAGUACUGUAAUAGAGUGCUUAAAGAAAUUUGUCCGAGCUGUGAUUGAGGUCUUUAAGGACGAAUACUUGAGAAAGGUCUUUAAGGACGAAUACUUGAGAAGGCCCACGGCCGAGGACGUCCAGCUCCUACUCCAAAUGGGGGAGGCGCGAGGCUUCCCUCGUAUGAUAUUGAUUGCAUGCACUGGGAAUGGAAAAACUGUCCAGCUGCAUGGAAAGGCAUGUUUGUUCAGGCUGAUCAUGUCAAACCAACAAUCAUGGCAGAAGCUGUGGCUUCUGCAGACUUGUCGAUCUCCCAAGUUCCAAUAUAUAGUGAACGGUUCUCAGCACAAUAUAGGAUAUUAUCUAAGAGAUAGUAUCCAUCCUGAGUGGGCAAUGCUUGUCAAUUCCAUCCCCAUGCCACAAGGACCAAAGAGGAUUGUCAAGGAUGAACGAGGUAAAUAUGGUGGAGGUAAUGAUGAUUUCGAAUACGAUAAUGCCGACAAUGGUAUACAAAACCCUCAAGUUUCUCGGGCACUUCUUCCUGCCUACGAAGUAUGAAAUAUUCCUCCAAAAUAAUAAGCUUAUUCAUAAUAGGACAAAGCGCCAUCAACUCCAAGCCGACUUGGUGGAGCAUUUGUGGCAACACUUCGGAGGCGAUAAUAAUAGCCAUUAAUAAAUUGUAAUUAUUUUU